AGUUGGAAGUUAACACUUGUGAUCUUUUGCCUCGUCCCAUUGGUGGCGAUCACCAGUUCCAUCAUGAACAAGCUUACCGCCCGUUACAUGACGCGCUCAUUGGAUUUCUACUCGGUCGCCGGCACAAUUGCCGAGGAAGCUAUUAGCUCCAUUAGAACUGUGAUGGCAUUUGGUUCUCAGAAGAAAUUAUCGCAACUUUAUGAAGUUCAUUUAAAGGACGCCAAAGUUGAAGGGAAAAAGAAAUCCAUUGUGAACGGUGUCAUGAUGGGUGUGACCUUCUUCUUUAUCUACUGUACGUAUGCCUUGACAUUUUGGUACGGUUCUAAGUCGGUUGCCGAUGGAUCAUUAACGCCCGGUCAAGUCACCAACGUAUUCUUCGCGGUAAUAAUAGGCGCUUUUGCACUUGGAAAUCUUACUCCUGAUCUGCAAUCCUUCAGUUUCGCUGUGAGUGCCGGUUCAAAGAUUUUUGAAACCAUCAGACGCGUGCCGCCAAUUGACGUGGCUUCAGAGGCAGGCGAGAAGCUCGAAAGUGUGAAAGGUCAUAUCCGCCUCGAGAAUGUCACCUUCAUAUAUCCUUCUCGUCCCGAAGUGCGAACCCUCAGCAACGUUUCUUUAGACAUCGAGCCUGGCACAACCGUCGCCCUUGUCGGUUCCUCGGGUUCCGGGAAAAGUACCAUCAUCUCACUCGUCCUUCGUUUCUACGAUCCUGUGGCCGGACGGGUUUUAUUAGAUGGUCAUGACAUCAA